AUGCCAGGUUGCAGCACAGAAGGCAGUGGUGCAAAGCAAAUCAUUACUGAGGUUACAAUGCUGGCACAAAAGUCAUUACUCUUUCUCUCUCUCUCUCUCUCUCUCUCUCUCCCUCCCUAUCUUUUUCUCUCACCCUUCCUCUUUCUUUUCUCCCUCCCUUUUUCAGUGAAAGUUUGUAAUCAACUUUACUUUCCUCUCUUUUGGCUUUCUUUUAUUUUUUACUCUUACUCUAUCUUUCUCUCUCAUAUUUUCUUUUCUCUUUUCCUUAUAUUGUCUCUUCCUCCUUUUCUCAGCUUUUCUCUCAUAUUUUCUGUUAUUCUUUUUCUUUUCUCUUUUCUACUCUUUCCUUUUACAUUUUCUCUCACUUUUUCAUAUGAUUUCUCUUCUUUUUGUCUGUCUAUCCUCCCACUCUUACACUUUCUCUCUUUUUUUAUAUUUUCUCUACCACUUGGUUUCCUCCUCUCCCUCUUUUCUUUUAUUUUUACCAUGUUACCUCAUAUUUCCUUUUAUUCUUUCUCUACCUCACUUUGUUGUAUAUUCCUUUUCUUUCUCCUUUUCUCAUUUAUUUUAUUAUCUUUUACUUUCUCUUUAUCUAUUUGUAUUUCUCUCACAGUUUUCCUUCUCAAUUCUCCUUCAACUCCAAUAUCACUUUUCCUUUUUUUUCAUUUUAACACAUUUUUGUUGUUUACCAAAGAUAUAUAUCUGUCUAUCUCUCUAUUUCACUCUUGUCAUAUCUAUCUAUCUAUCUAUCUCAGUUUUGUUAUGUCUAUCUAUCUAUCUAUCUAUCUAUCUAUCUAUCUAUCUAUCUAUCUAUCAUCUAAGUCUUGGCAUAUCUAUCUCAAUCAUUUUCAUAUCUAUAUAUCUAUCUUAAUCUGUUUACGUCCAUCUAUCUAUCUAUCUUAG